UCCCUUUUCUGCUGGUGUCUCUCUCUCUCUCUUUUGGCUUUUUUUAUUCUGUUGGGUCUCCACCAUGUUGGGAUGGCUACUUCUACGGACUUUGCUGGUCCUUUGGCUGGCGCAUAGUGCACACCUGAAGAACAAUGGAAAUGGUGGGGGUGUUGGAAGGGUGUUGAUGCCAUCCAAUGGAUAUGGAUACAAGGGAAAUGGUUACAGUGCUGGAGCCGGUGUGCCCAAUGGAAACGGUGCCAAACCCAAUGGCUACGGUGCUCCUGCAGCUGUGUCCAAUGGAAAUGGUGCUAAACUCAAUGGUUAUUAUGGUGCUUCUGCAGCUGUGCCAAAUGGAAAUGGUGCUAAACCCAAUGGAUAUGGUGCUCCAGCUGCUGUACCCUAUGGUCAAAAGUCAAAAGGUUAUGGUGCUGCUGCAGCUGUGCCCAAUGGAAAUGAUGCUAAACACAAUGGCUAUAGUGCUCCAGCUGCUGUACCCAAUGGAAAUGGUCAAAAAUCAAAAGGUUAUGGUGCCGGUGUGCCAAAUGGACAAGGAGCUAAACCCAAUGGUUACGGUGCUGCUCCAGCUGCUGUGCCCAACGGACAAGGAGCUAAGCACAAUGGUCAAGGAGCUGCAGCUGGUGCACCCAAUGGACAUGGUCUGCCGAAUCCAAAUGCUGGCAUGAAAGGACCCAUGAAAGGAUACGGCCGACCACCUUUCGGUGCAGGUGCUUCUCUUGGAAUGGGGACUCGAAAGGGUCUGAGGGUACCUCAACUAGCUGCAAACAGGAGGGGAGUGUAUAAUGGGUAUGGCGGUAAUGGAUAUGGUGCACAGCCAAUGAAUGGCUACAGGCCAAAUGGUGCCUAUGCCAGGGCUGGCCUUGGCCUGGGUGGUGGCCUCUCGGCUAGAUACUCUAAUGGAGGAGGCCAAAAAAGACCCACACAGGGUUACGGUGGUCCCAAUGGACAGGGCGUUAAACCCAAUGGUUAUGGUGCUCCUGCAGCUGUGCCAAAUGGAAAUGGUGCUAAAAAAAACAAAGGCUAUGGUGCUGGAGCUGAUGUGCCAAAUGGACAAGGUGCCAAACCCAAUGGUUAUAGUGCUGGAGCUGGUGUACCCAAUGGACAAGGAGCUAAACCCGAUGGUUAUGGUGGUGUACCCAAUGGAUAUGGUCCCAGACCCAGUGGGUAUGGAUAUCCCAAUGGUGGGGCAAAGGCACCCAAACCAGGUUAUGGUGCUGGAGCUGGUGUGUCCAAUGGACAAGGAGCUAAUGGUUAUGGAAAUGCAUCACCUCAACCUCAAAAUACUAAAGGUGUCGGAGCAGGUGCACCCAUUGGAGGAACUAAAGCGUCAAAUGGAGGAGCUAAAGCACCAAACGGUGGUAAGCAUUCACUAUCAAAAGCUGAGAUUGUUUGGUACAAAGUUACUGUGUUUUGGUUCCCAGGUUACGGCAUGCCAAAUGGUCAGGGUACUAAAGGUGGUGGUGCACCGAAUGGAAAGGGCCCCAAAGGUGAAGUUCUUAUUCCUGAAGCACUAAGCCUUGCACCAGCACCCGAGCCAGGACUUGUAGUACCUGAGCCAACAAAGGGUGUAGCUCUAAUCUUUCCACAAGGGAAGACAUACCCUAAGCCAGCACCAGUUCCACAAGGGAAGCUUUUCCCUAAUCCAAUACCUAUAGUACCACAGGCAAAGAGUCCAAAGACAGCGCCAGAGCCAGCACCGGUUCCACAAGGAAAGACAUACGCUAAGCCAGCACCAAAGCUAGCACCUGUCGUUUCACAAUGGAAGCCGUACCCUGAGCCAGCACCUGUCGUUUCACAAGGAAAGCCGUGCCCUAACAAAGCACCAGAGGCAGCGCCAGUUCCACAUGGGAAGACAUACCCGAAGCCAGCCCCAAAGCCAGCAUCUGUAGUACCACAGGCAAAGAGUCCGAAGCCAGCGGCAGUUCCACAAGGGAAGCCGUACCCUGAGCCAGCACCUGUCGUUUCACAAGGGAAGCCGUACCCUGAGCCAGCACCUGUCGUUUCACAAGGGAAGCCGUACCCUGAGCCAGCACCUGUCGUUUCACAAUGGAAGCCGUACCCUGAGCCAGCACCUGUCGUUUCACAAUGGAAGCCGUACCCUGAGCCAGCACCUGUCGUUUCACAAUGGAAGCCGUACCCUGAGCCAGCACCUGUGGUUCCACAAGGAAAGACGUACCCUAAACUAGCACCAGAGCCAGCAUCACAGGCAAAAAGUCCAAAGCCAGUGGCACCAGCCGUGCCUCAAAGAAAGAGUCCCAAAGUACCAAACAUGGUAGAUGGUGAAGGAGCUGGGAACCCCAAUGGCAAUGGGCAGGGAGCUAAACCAGCCAAACCUGACUGUGGACCAUCAGGAGUGCCAAAUGGACAAUGAGUGAAAAUACCCAGUAAUGGUUAUGGUCCAGGAGCUGGUGUCCCCAUUGGCUUGGGUGCUAAACCCAAUGGUUACGGAGGAGGAACUGGUGUAAACGGAGGUGGCGCGAAACCCAAUGGUUACGGUGUCGGAGCCGGUGCACCAAACGGACGUGGAGCCAACCCCAAUGGUUACGGUGCAGGAGCUGGUGUACCAAAUGGAGGUGGUGUCCCCAAUGGCUAUGGUGCUAAACCAAAAGGUAAUGGUGCUGUUGCAGGGGGUUAUAAUCCCGUUGCUGCCGGCUAUGGAUAUGGACCCGGAGCAGGUGAAAAUCCUUUCGCAGGGAAACCCAAACAACAUAGUGGUUAUGGUCAAGGUGUCUACCCUGCAGCUGGUUAUGGAUAUGGCGCAGCUGCAAAUGGAAAUGGCUACGGUGGACCUGCAAUUGGUGUGCCUGCUGGUAUGGAGGGAAAAUCAGGUGGGGUUGGUGCAGGACUUGGGGAGCCUGCAAAUGGUGGCAAAUAUGGUGGUUCCGGACCUUAUGGCGGAGCACUAAUCAUUCCUGCUGGACUGGAUGGAACAAGUCAGUUUGAACCUCAACCUGCUGGCCUACGCCCUGAUGGGAAAUCAGGUGGAAUAUAUGGUGGAUUGGGUGGGCCAUAUGGUGGUCAGCCCCUCGGAAUGGGCCCAGAGGCAACAUCUCAGACCAAAUAUGGCAUUGGGGGGUUGCCAUUUGGUGGUCAACCCCUCGGGUUGGGGACUGAUGGUGCAGGCAAGUAUGGAAAUGGUGGAAUCUCCAACGCACCUGGACCUGAUGUUGGCAAGUCAGUUGGUAAAUACGGAAAUGGUGGUCUACCCUAUGGAUCUCAGACUCUUGGAUUGGGUGCUGAAUCCAAAUCCUCUGGAAAAUACGGCGGGCUAGGCACUGGAAUGGGAGGGGAUCCUGCACCUGGAAAAUAUGGAUAUGGUGCACCUUAUGAUGGGCAACAUCUUGGCCUAGGGGGUGAUCCUGGGAAAUCAGCUGGCAAGUAUGGCUAUGGAGAGGUGCCAUACGAGCCUCAGCCUCUUGGACUUGGCCCCGAUUCCGGUAAAUCGAAUGGAAAAUAUGGACAGGGUGGGUUGCCAUACGAGCCUCACCCUCUUGGGCUCGGUCCAGAUGCUGGAAAAUAUGCAGGCAAAUAUGGGGGCGGUGCACCAGAAUCCUAUGCACCAGAACCUCUUGGCUUUGGUGGUGAAGGACAGAAAUCUGCUGGGAAAUAUGGUAACCUUGGACCAUACGAGCCACAGACCCUUGGAUCAGUCACUGAUGGCAAAUCCACCGGACAAUACGAAAAUCCUAUGCCUUAUGAGCCUUUGCCCCUCGAAUCAGAGGCUGUCGGAAAGUCAUACGGUAACGAGAGAAUAGGAGAAAUAGCACCAGCACAACCUGCUAGACGUGAAGAGGGAAAAUCUACUGACAAAUAUGGAAAUGGGGGUUAUAUAAAUGGACAAGUUCAGCCAGAAGUUGUCUCCUUCCCCCCAGCUCCCACUCCUUGGCCCUCCAUCUCCUAUCCCCCCAUCCCUUCAUUUGUGCCCGUAGUGUCCUUCUUCCCCCCCGAGGCCCCUGCCGCAGCUGUUUCAGAGGCCCCACCCAAGCCUGUGGGCACUGCCAGCCUCUCCCUUGCAUCUGUGCCCAGCACCCAAAUGAAAGCCCCGCCACACGGGCCUGACACUGCGUUGCUUCAGCCACCGCACCAGAUACACAUUCAGCAGCACCUCAAGCUGCACAUUCACCCGCAGGGCAAAUCAUGGCGAGGAGGUGCAAAGGAGAACAAAUACGAAUUAACAGGAUUCUUUGGGAAUAGUGGAUACUAAGGUUGACCAGGGCGACGGUGGCCAUUUACAGCAUUUAACUUCACUAGAUUUUUUACAUUGUUGUUGUUGUAUAUUUGUUUUAAUUCCCUUUUUAAUUGAUCCUUCGUUUUUGUAUAAUUAUUCAUAUCUCCGUGUCCAUGCCGAACCAGUCCUGCCUGACAUAUUUUUUAUAGAUUUCAUGCCAUGUCUGUAAUAUCACUAGAACUAAGAAAACACACAUUUAAGUCUUGUUAGGGCAUACCUUCUUUGUAGUUUAUAUUUUCUACAAGUUUAUCUUGAUUAUAUGUCUGUCUUGUUUCAUUUCGUAACCACCUGUCUUACUACACUUACUGGAUAUGAUGAAUCAUGUUUUGAGAGUUUGUGUGCUACAAAUAUUUAAUGUGUUGAUUGAAUCAGUCCAGUUUUUGUCUGCAUAGUUUUAUAAACUCAAACAAAUGUAUUUUGUAUGGGAAAGUUUUUUUUUUUUUACUACCUGUGGCAAACACCUGUACAUUUUUGGACAAUUUUGAUGGAAUAAAAAGAGACUGGAAAUAUUA